AUGGGGUCCAUUGGAGGCAUCUCUCCGGGAGGGAGUAUCGCCCUUGGAAUUAUAGUUGGCCUCGUUUCCACUAGUGUCCAGAGCCUGGGCUUAACCCUCCAACGAAAGUCGCAUAUCCUCGAGGAUGAGAAAGGACCUCACGACGUCCGCCGACCACCCCAUCGACGGCGGAGAUGGCAGCUUGGCAUGGGCAUGUUUAUAGUUGCGAACAUCCUAGGUAGCUCGGUGCAGAUAUCGACGUUGCCUCUACCCGUACUUUCGACCUUGCAGGCCUCAGGCCUCGUCUUCAACUCCAUAUGCGCGACCCUGAUAUUAGGCGAACCCUUCACGAGAUGGUCCCUAUGGGGUACUUUAUUAGUGUGCACCGGCGCCGUGCUGAUUGCGAUAUUCGGCGCCAUCCCGUCUCCGCCUCAUAACCUCCAUGAGCUUCUGGAAUUGCUCGUGAGAGGCCCAUUUGUCGCCUGGAUGAUCUUCCAGGCCUUCCUCGUCACCCUCAUCGCCUUGGUGACGGAGUUCGUAAACACUCUAUUUCCCCAUCUGUCGCAGAGUGUGCGGUUCCGCUUCGGAAGGGGACUUGCAUUCGGGUGCAUAAGCGGCAUCCUGUCGGCCCACUCGCUCCUGGUUGCCAAGUCUGCCGUGGAGUUGGUCAUCAAGACGCUCGUCGACGGAGACAACCAGUUCGUGCACUGGCAGUCGUGGAUGCUGGUGCUCGCACUCGUCGUACUGGCUCUAAGUCAGCUGUACUACCUCCACCGAGGUCUCAAGCUCGUCUCGACCUCGGUUUUAUACCCCUUAGUGUUUUGCAUUUACAACAUCAUGGCUAUCUUAGACGGAUUAAUCUACUUUAACCAGACAAACCUCAUUAGCACCCUACAGGCGUGCUUAAUUACCCUUGGCACGGUAAUUCUGCUAUCAGGCGUGCUCGCUCUCUCGUGGAGACUGAGUGACGAGCAACACCCACCAGCCGUGGGCCAGUCCUCACUCGCACCGGGCCUAGGCCUCGUCGAUGACACCGAAGGAGAAGAAGAGGAAGAACUACUCAUAGACUCGGACGUUCUAGACGAAGAGUCCGGUUUCUCAUCGCAAUACCAAACAUUCCCCACAACCCCCCGGGACGUAGAGGCACCCCUCAGCCCAUCAUCCCGAAGACAAUCCUUCCGAUGGCAGGAACGCGCAGAAAUCUGGGGCGAAUUGGAGGAUCGCGACGAACCCAGCAGCCCCAAACACAUAAGGAGACGCUCUACAACCAUGCUCCCCCCAACCGAGACGACGCAUCUCCUUGGCGCUGGCACGCGUCGCGUGGCAAGCAGCGCCGGCAUCUUCACCACUCAGGCACCAUCCGGUGGGUCCGCGGCCGAUUCUUCCCCUGUUGGCGGUCGCCGCGCGUUCCGGAAACGCAGGAAAUCUACGGGUUUCCCUGGUUUCACGGCGCGGAGACCGAGGAGGGGCGGCGUUGCUCUCCAGGAUGCCAUUGGCGGUAUCUGGAAGCUAGGCUGGUGGAAUAAGCCUAGGGAUGCGUCCGGCCGCAUAUCUUCGGGGAGCGGCCACACAGCCUGGCCGCGGAGGCAUAGGGAUGGCGAUCCGAGGCACUCUCCUCGCGGGCGCGACGCGUCUGAUGACGUGAGCCCUGGCGCGGGACAGCCUCCACCUGGUGAUGAGCCGUCGUCUUCGAGUCGUGGGGACGAUCGGUCUGUAUGA